CAUCCCCCCCUUCCUAUUUUUCAUUUUGAGAUAGGGUCCCCCUAAGUCGCAGAGAUUGGCCUUGAACUUGUGAUCCUCCUGCCUCAGCCUCCUGAGUCGCUGGGAUUAUAGGCGUAUGCCACCUCACCUAGCUUCCCGUACAUUCGUUGAUAAGACCUACCUGUCUUAACAUCUUUUAUCCCAUUUGCUUUAUCAUUUAUUCUCCAUGUACCUAUUCUGCCCGCUGCUCCCCGCCUUUUCAUUUAGCUGCAGGUGGUGCUUCUUUACCUCUGUAUUUAAAGGUCUUUGACUUUCCUGAAGCACCCACCACAGAGCCAUGGUCCACGCCUUCCUCAUCCAUACCUUGAGGGCCCCAAAUGCGGAGGAUACUGGCCUUUGUCGAGUGCUCUAUUCCUGUGUCUUUGGUGCUGAGAAAUCACUUGAUGAUCCUCGACCACAUGGUGCAGAGAGGGACAGGCUUCUCCGCAAGGAGCAGAUUUUGGCGGUGGCCAGGCAGGUGGAGUCAAUGUGCCAGCUGCAGCAGCAGGCUUCCGGCCGACCCCCAGCAGACCUGCAGUCUCAGUCCUCAGAUGAGCCUGUGCCCCUACAGGAGGCCCCACGAGGGGCCUUCCGCCUGGCAGCAGGGGACCCUUUCCAGGAGCCGAGAACAGUGGUGUGGCUAGGCGUGCUUUCGUUAGGCUUUGCCCUGGUGCUGGAUGCCCAUGACAACCUGCUGCUGGCCGAGAGUACCCUCCGGCUUCUGGCCCGCCUCCUCCUUGACCACCUCCGGCUGCUGACCCCUGGCACCAACCUCCUGCUGCGGGCCGACCGCAUUGAAGGCAUCCUUACCCGCUUUCUACCCCAUGGUCAGCUGCUUUUCCUCAAUGAUCACUUUGUCCAGGGUCUGGAGAAGGAGUUCAGUGCUGCCUGGCCCCGCUGACCCCUCAUUAGAAUGGGGCUCCCUGAGAGGACAGGGAAGGAAUACAGUGAUUGGACACGUAGCCAGGGGAAGCUUGGCAUCUGCCUCCUGCCUGACCUGUUUCUUGCUCUGAUGUGCUGCCACACCAGGACACAUGAAUGGGAUAAGCUGGCAGAAGGGGGACUGAUGAGAGGGUAGAAAUGGGACUGUGCCUGUUCUCAGGUCACCAGAAUCACAGAACAUCCUGAGCCUAGAACUGCCAUGUGACUUACUCAGACCACUGAGGUCAGUCAGACCUGUCCUAGACCCUGCCUCCCUCAAGCCUCAUUAGCUGCCUGAAACCUAGUACACCUUCUCCUUUGAAAGCUCCAGUCAUUGCAGACCCUCCUCAUGGUGGGGAAGCUGGGCCCACACCCUGGCAGGCCCUGGCCCCUUGCCUUUGCACCCAUUUAGGCAUCAUCAUUGGAGAUUUUGUUAGCAAGGGCCUGCUCUCCAUCUAGCUCCACCUCAGUUCAGAAACACUGUUCAGCAGGGGCAUUCUAUAGCCCCUGUGUGCCAAGUCCUAGCCUAUCAGGUAGAGUUAAGAUACAGCAUUUGGGCUAGGCACAGUGGUGCAUGGCUAUAAUCCCAGUGACUUGGGAGGCUGAGGCAGGAGAAUCACGAGUUCAAAGCCAGCCCAAGCAAAAGCAAGGCCCUAAGCAACUCAGUGAGAUCCUGUCUCUAAACAAAAUACAAAAUAAGGCUACAGAUGUGGCUCAGUGGUCGAGUGCCCCUAAGUUGAAUCCCCAGUAUCACCCCCCCCCCAAAAAAAAAAAGAUAAGGCAUUUGGGAGGUCUGGCCUGUUGACCUUGUCUUUCUUGUUUUGUAUUAAAACUAUUGGCUGUGUGACCUUACUCUUUGUGAGUUUUAGACACAUUCUGCUUGUACAAGUGAGUGCCUCUCAGGAUGGCCUAUGAGCUGGGAGUCUGCACUUCCUGCUCAA